GUCCCUUGCAGAGCUGAACACAGUAAAGACAGCGGAUGCCGUAUAAGGUCAAGGAUACUGUGUCGUCAUGGAGGGUUUCCCAAAAUCUCACUUCUACACAGAAUGGUCCUUAGGGCCACACAGAUGGACAAGUGAAAUGAGGUUCCAAUAUCCUGAUAAGAUCAGCCAACAGAGAAGCUCAUCGCUCAUCUGUCAUCUGGAUAGAGCGAUAGAAGGGUGACCUGUUCUGGCUAAGCACAUUUCCAGAUAUAAUGGACUCGAACGGUGAAGACAGAGAAUAUCAAACUGUGGAACAGGAUACAUCACAUUACAGAGUGAGCUAUGCACAUCCAAGAAACACAAAAGUGGUGGAUUACCAUAAAAGUGAUGAGUCCAGCAAAAAGAGGUUUCCAGUGAGUCGCUCUGGCAAUAAUCCAAGCAGAGUAAAGCGGGUGGUGUCAUGUAAGAGGAAAACUCAUCACCUGACUGUGACUCGGAAGAAACAGCUUGGACCAGGAAGGACUUAUGAUGCAGCAAACAAGGAGAAUGAGAUAAAGUCCAUGCAGGACAUGCAGCAGGAGAUGAUAUUUGACAUGGACCCAUGGGAUUUCCCACUAAAUGUUGAUGACAACCACAAGACUGGUAGAACUGGUUCUGAGCAGACUGACUACAGUACACUCGCAGAGCUUAGGAGGGAUCAUAACUUAAUGACAGAUGUGCUCUUUGGAAGAAAUCUGAGACUGAAAGUGGCCUUCACUUUAUGGCAGAGAAAUUUUGGAGAGCUGCUGACAUACUUGUUAAGAAUUCAAGACGCUGGUGUGUUUGUUGAUUUUCUACCACUGAUAAGCAAAAGCAUUAAUGAGGAUUCUCCCAAGAUUUCCAUUGGCUGUUGUGUUGACCUCUUUCCAUUAGUCAGGAAAGUACUCUCAACUCCAUAUGAAGAGUAUCUUAUUGUUGGGUUGAGGUGGAUAUAUUCAGUCUUAAAAAACUGGUGGGAGGAACUAAAAGCAAGUGGUUCCAGUGGAUCAUCUAAAGUUUCAUUGGAUAAAAACUUCCAGGUCUUUAAUCAGUAUCUAAUGGAAUUAUGGCAACAGGAACCUUUACUGAAGUCUGUUCCAGGAACUGCAGGAGACAUAGCAAAGGUCAUUGAUUCUUUCCUGUCUCAACUAAACUGACUACAAUGAAGACAAAUGGACCUUUCUGUGGAAACAGCCCUUAGAGGUUUAAUGAAAACUCAGUAGAGCUAUCUUACUUUUCAACUCAUGUUUUUUUUUAUAUACCCUGCAGCUGUCCUAAGAUAGCUCAUUUAUUGAUGCAUAUGUCUAGUAGAGCAAUUUAUUCAGCUGAGAGGGUGCAAUAUAAAUAUCAUGGUUUGACAAAUUUAAUGUCAUGUGUUUUCAUUGACCAGUUUGUUGUUGUUCUCAUCAGCAACAUGGUCAUUUCUGCCAAUCAUGUUACUGAAUGUAAAAAUGAACUGACUUAAAUGUAUGUGUUUAAAUGUCUUCAAUUAUGAUGAAUAAAUUUUUUUAAAGUA